GGGUCUAACCUCUGUUAACUGUCACAAUGUCAACAGCAACCUAACCUUAAUCCACUAACACUCCAAACUCAAAGUUGCUUCAUUUCUCCAAUGUUUAGUGUUCGUAUGUAAUUGAGUUCAAGUCCCAAUAAUGUUAAUGUUAAAGUAACGUGCCAACAGACAAUUGCAAGCUUAUCAACACCCACAAUGGCGGAGACAUUAUCAGGAAUCCUCAAUGGAAUUAUGAAGGUGGACGCGAUGGAAGAGGCUUUCAGUUGCUUUCUAGUGCAUCGGUCUGAAACCGAGCGGGAGAACAUUGCGAAAUGGCAGCAGGAACUGUGCGAUUUCUUCGAAGGCCUGAAUCCCGAGCACUUGGACUUUGUGCUGAGACAAUACCUGAAUGUGACAUCGCAAAGCUCGCGUCGACGAAUGCAAGUGCUGAUCGAACUAUUGGAGCACUGUAUACGAAAGGGGGCUCUACAGGCCAGAAAGGCUAGCGAGUUCAUCAUAACCACCGAUCAGUUGCAUUGGAGCAACGCUGCCUUGUGGAUGAAUUGUUUUCAGUUGAUUAGCGAUAUUAUUGAGCUGGUUGACUAUAAGGGAGUGCGCGAACUGAUGAAAGGCUGCUGUGAAAAGGCCAAGACGCUGCCAUUGAAAUUAACCUCGGGCGUGCAGCCCCAAUGUCAGAUACUGCUUAAAUUAGUGUCAAAAAUCCUGGACAGAGACGUGUGCCUUCUGCCCGGUUAUUUGCUGACUAAUGAGCUCCAGAAGAUCUAUUCAGAGUGUCCCCACUGGACAGUUGCUUCAAUGUUUACAGAUUAUGUGGAGAGCUUUCGGCCGUGCGCCCAAAUGGUGUCCAUCAUUGGUCACAGCCAAAUGAGGCCGGUGAUCGAGCAGAGCGGCUGCCCAGACUACGUGGCUAAUCCUUGGAAGCUGGAUCCGAUCACUUUAAGGUUUGCAUUGAAAGGCACGCUGCCUUAUGAUCCAGAGCUCACAGACAAGCAGGUUGGCCUACUGCGUUAUGCUAUUCAAACUCCUUACAGCCGAGAUAUGAUCUCCAGCAUGAUGAACUUCAACAAACAAAUAGUCAAACCUUGCCAGGCCAUUGAGGAUCAACUAGUUGAGCUGAUUAUUGACGCUCUAGACCGCACGGAGAUUGAUGGGGAUGGAACUGAGGGUCUCUGGCAGCACAUCACAUCUCAGCUGAUCUACUUUGUCUUGUUCAAUUUCGCCACUUUCCACAACGUGGUUACCACCUUGGUCUCGCGUGUACAGGGCAAAGAAGUGCGUCGCGGCAGGGACCAACUGAUGUGGGUGCUAUUGCAAUUCCUCUCCGGCUCAAUCCAGCGAAACCCAGUCACCAACUUCUUCUCAGUAUUGAAACUCUACGAGGCUCUUUUCCCCGAGCACGAGCUGCCCUCGCCAGUUCCCGACUUCAACCAGCCGCAAUGCACCAGGCAAAUGGCCAUGGCGUGCAUCUGGAUCCACAUAUCGCGCAAAGUGCAGUCCGAGGGCGCUGACAUUAGCCUGCCUUUGCCCAACAAACUGAAAGCGCAUUUGGAGUUCAUCCAGCACCUGACCACACCCAGCAGCAAUUCAUUUGUUACUGGCACUGAUUACAGAGUGGCGUUGCUCUGCAAUGCUUACAGCACUUACCAAGAGUUUUUCAAUAAGCCAAUGAUGUCCUUAGUGGAGAGCAUUCAAGGAGGGCCGAAGGCCGGUACCCCUAAUUGUCCACUGCCCACUUGUCCCCUAAGCAUGACCGUGCUGGAUUCGCUCACUGUCCACUCAAAGAUGAGCUUAAUCCAUAGCACAGUUACGCAGGUGAUUAAAUUGGCAAGCAGCAAAUCAGGCAUUCCACUGGCUCCAGCCCUGGUGGAAACGUACAGCAGACUGCUGGUUUACACCGAAAUUGAAUCGCUAGGGAUUAAGGCCUUUAUUGCCCAACUGCUGCCCCAAGUGUACAAAUAUCACGCUUGGGGCAUACUGUACACCCUUCUGGAGAUGUUUAGCUACAGGCUGCACCAUAUUCAUCCCCGAUACAGGGUGCAACUUCUCACCAAUUUACACUCACUAGCCGCGGUGCCGCAAUCUAAUCAGACCCAGCUUCAUCUGUGCGUGGAAUCCACCGCUCUUCGCGUGAUAACCGGUUUGGGGAGCGGCGACGUCCAAUCAGAGAUAUCCCGCUUUAUCCAGGACCCCAAGAGCAUAGUUUCGCAGGAAUCUGAGGAAUUGAACCGCCUCCUCGUGCUUACCUUGGCCAGAGCCAUUCACGUGACGGGAUCGGAUGGGGCCUGGUGCCACGACCUUCUAGUGACGAUCGCGCAAAGCACUCCCCACUCAUGGGCCCCUCAUAGCAUCGAGUGCUUCCCCAGGCCUUUGCAGAAGUUUUUCGCGCAGCACUCCGUGCCCCAGGAUAAUAAGCAACAGUUGAAAAAGGCCGUUGAAGAGGAAAACCGAAAGUGGGCCUCAAUGAACAACGAGAACGACAUAAUGGCGCACUUUGGCGUGCCAGGGGCGCCUCCACUAUUCCUCUGUCUAGUGUGGAAAAUGCUGAUGGAAACCAACCACAUCAGCCCCAUAGUCUACAAGAUUCUGGAGCGAAUCGGCUCCAGAGCGUUGUCGGCCCAUUUGCGGAAAUUGUGCGACUGUCUGGUCUAUGAAUUCGCCAGCUCGGCCGGCGGUCAAGUGGUUACCAAGUGCAUCGAAACGAUCAACGACAUGAUGUUCAAGUACAACAUCAUUACGAUUGAUCGCCUCGUUUUGUGUCUGGCUUUACGCACAAUGGAAGGGAACGAAGCACAGGUCUGCCUGUUUGUCAUUCAGCUGAUAGUGCUGAAAUCGGGCGAGUUUCGCAGCCGAGUCACGGACUUCGUGCGAGACAAUUCGCCCGACUACUGGAACCACACCAACUGGUACGAGAAGCACAUGGAAUUCCUCAGAAAAUACCCGGAAAAGUUCGCUCCGGAGGAGCAGUCCAGCGUGAUCAACCCCUACUUCUCCAAUGUGUGUCUCAGGUUCCUGCCGGUUUUGGACAUCGUGGUCCACAGAUAUCUAGAACUAUAUCCCGUGCAGAAAAGCUUGGAGAAUCUUUUGGACCAUGUGGGCUGUCUGUUCAAGUUCCACGAUCGGCCAGUAACGUACAUGUACAACACCUUCCACUGCUACGAAACUAAGCUGCGAGAUCGCCCCAACUUGAAGCGCCGACUGGUUUCGUCGCUGCUCAGCAGCCUUCUCACCAGCUUCACCGAGCCCUAUCAGCAAUACCUCAAGACCAAUUCCGAUGAUCUGUGGGUUCCCGAACUGGAUUAUUACAUGCAACUGACCAGGCGCGUGGUCGAUCGGCUGAACAACCCGAAUUCCAUUUACACUACCGAUUGGCGUUUCAACGAGUUUCCAAACGCGGGCGCCCAUAUUCUCUACAUCACUUGCGUGGAACUUAUGGGGCUGGCUGCUGGACCCACAUCAGUAGGCAAUGGACUUCUGGAUGUCAUCGUCAAAGGAUAUGUGAUCAUCCCCUCGAAGGACAUACACAGCUGGAUCAAUGCGAUUGGCCUGAUCAUGUCGGCGCUGCCAAUCAGCUACUGGAGCGUGAUCCACGACCGAUUGCUGGCCACUCUGGGGGAACUGGACAGCUGGAGAUACGACAUUUCGCCCUUCAGAAUCUUCAACUUCAAGGAAACCCACCUGGGGCUGUUGGAGAACCGCUUCAGCUACAUGCUGGGCCUGGCCCACUCCAUCUGGCACCAUGCGGGGCCUGGACAAAUCGCCACCGUUCCUGCUUGGGUAGCUGAGUGCCUCCCAUCGGUGGUUCGCACUGAAGAGCAGUUCCUUUUCGUUUGCCACCUGGUGGGGCCCUUCUUGCAAAGGAUAACUGCAGUGAUGCAGCUCACCACUAGCCUGUACGAGCUGCUGGCGCAAGUGGAUGCCAACCAGAGCGAGCUGAAGCACAUCGAUCCGAUCUGCGACUUUCUCUAUCACAUCAAGUACAUGUUUGUGGGGGACAGUUUGCGGAAGGAGAUUGAGGUCAUAGUCCGCAAGUUGCGGUCGCCCUUGCAGUAUCGAUUGAGGUUCAUGGCGCCUCUAAAUUUGGAGGAAGCUGCGCCUACUUAGGGUCGCUUUUGUUUAUUUAACCUGACUGUAUAGUAAUUAUUUUUAUAUUGGCGAUUUCAAUAAAAUUAUAGCAUAACUCGCGCUCAUCCGUU